AUGGGCUCGUCAUCAGAAGCACACAUCUUACAGCAAGUGUCAGAGCUUGUUGACAUUCCAGAAGUUGAUAUGAAGUUUUAUGGUCGCAAACUAACUGAUUACAAGGAGGAGCUGAAAUUAAUUGGUGUGAUGUUUGAGGUAAAUGAAGCAUGCAGAUUCAUAGGAAACCAGCUUAUGUCUAUUGCAGCAUCUUCUAAUUUAACAAGAGAUAAUGUACUCGCAAUUUUGAAGUUCAUCAAGUUCUUGAGGGCUAAUUUAAAUUCGCCUGCACAAUUUAUUAAUAGUAUACAAGGUGGGAAAUGGCUGUGGACUAAGCAAGGUUACAGGGCCCCAGGCGAGUCAGUUUUAUAUAGUGAUGAGUGGAAAGCUGCUUCUGAAGUUAGUAACAUUCCCUUUAUUGAUGAAACUUAUUAUGGAGCCAAUCUAAAUGAUUUUAGAGAAGAACUGGAGCUAAUUGGUGUGAUAGUGAAUUUUGCUGGUAACUACAAACUAGUUGGUGAUAACUUGAAAUCUUCAGCUUGCUCAAGUUCUCUUACACCUGGGGCCCUCCAUUUGAUGCUGGACUGCCUCCGCCAUUUGAACUCAAACAAUAUUGUUAAUGCUCUCAAGGAUAAUAACUGCAUCAACACACAUGUUGGGUUCAGAACUCCUUCAGAAUGCUAUUUACCUGGCUCUGAUUGGGGAUGCCUUUUGCAGGUCUUUAGCUGCUUCCCGCUCAUAGAUGUAAAUUUCUAUGGGAGCGAAAUAUUCUUGUUCAAAGAUGAAUUAAAGCAAAUUGGAGUAGUGGUUGAUUUUGGUGAGGCAUCAAAAAAAUUUGAACGUGUAUUCAGGCAACAAGCAGAGUUACAAUUUAUUGGCAAAGUUAAUGUUCUUAUACUUCUGCAAUGUUGCAGAAAGCUGAAGACCUCAAAUCCGCUUCCAACAGAUCUAAAGAAGUGUAUUCGUGAGGUGAAUUGGUUGCGUACUCGACUCGGUGAUUAUAGAGCGCCAACAGAUUGCAUUCUUUAUGGCCAAUCUUGGAAGUCUAUCUCAUCAAUCUCUUUGCUUCCUUUCAUUGAUGAUAGUGAUAAUCAGUAUGGUAUGGCCAUUCAUAAAUAUGACAAGGAGCUCAAGAGUAUGGGUGUUGUCUCUUCUUUUAAAGAUGGAGCACAUUAUGUUUUGAAUGGCCUUAAUUUGCCACAGGAUCCUAGCAGAAUAACUCCUGAACAUGUAUAUUCAUUGCUGGAAUGUAUCCGUAGGUAUAAGCCGAAGAAUGACAAUUUGGAGACUCAUGAGCUUUUUCCAUCAACAUUUCUGGAAAAAAUAGGUAGACAGUGGUUGAAAACCUAUUCAGGCUACAGUACUCCACAGAGGUGCUUGCUCUUCAGUCCUGAGUGGGCCGAUUUUCUAGAAAGGGGCGACGGACCUUUCCUAGAUGAAGACUUCUAUGGUUCCAAACUCAGGGAAUACAAAAAUGAGCUUCAUUCUCUGGGAGUUAUUGUUGACACUAGAGAUGGUUGUUCUUUGCUUGCAAGUUACCUAGGUUUCCAUUCUAUAUUCACCCCUGUGAGUCGAAUAUAUAACUAUUUGAUUGAAUUUAAGUGGAAGCCUAAUGACAACGACAAGAAAGAUAUUUGGAUUCCAAGUAGUAGAGAAUAUGGUCAGUGGGUGAGCUUUGAAAAUUGCGUCAUUCAGGACAAGCAUGGUCUACUGGGAUCGCGCUUGCAUGUUCUAGAGAAGCACUAUACAGGUAAGUUGCUUAGUUUUUUCUCCAUUACUUACGGAGUUAAAAUGAGCCCCUCCAUUGAUGAUUAUUGUGAAAUUUGGAAGACAUGGGAAGCUUCUGGCCACCAACUAACUCAUGAUGAGUCUUGUGCCUAUUGGGGAUUUGUUGUGAAGAACUGGAGCUUGAGGACAGAAGAAACAUUGGCUCGACGGAUGUUAAAACUGCCUGUACAUUCAGGCUCAAAUGCAAUAAAUCUCGUGAAUAAACAGGACGUAUUCAUUGCGGAUGACCUGCAGCUGAAGGAUCUUUUUGAAAAGUCUUCUUUUAGUUCGCUAUUUGUUUGGUAUCCCCAACCGAGCAUGAAAUCUCUGCCCAGAACUAAGUUGCUAGAAAUUUAUAGCAAAAUAGGUGUUAGAAAUAUCUCUGAGUCUGUGCAGCACAAACUUUCUGCAGUGGAUACUGUAAGCCUGAAGCAACUGAACCCAAGGGAAAUAUUUAUUGGAAAAGAGUUGUUGAGACUUAUUCUUGGAUUUCUAGCUGACAUUUCACCCAAUAUGGAAGCAGGUAUCAGGCACAAUGUUGUCAGAGUCCUCCUUCAAGUUGUUGUCCUUGAGGCGGGUGACAAAAUAACAAUGUGCCAUACUUUAUCAUUAUCAUCUGGUAAAAUCCUUAAAGUUGAAGCAAGGCAAAUGCUAAGAUGGGAGAGACAAAUUUCAAAGCUUUUCGUGCAGAAAUUGGCCAAGAAUGGAGGACAUAAAAAUUUCAUUGAGUAUGCUUCAGAAUUUUCUGAAGUAGUGGCUGGGGGCUUAUUAUGGGAGAAUGAAGAUCAUGCACGUCAGCUUGCAGACCUUGUUAGGUUGGGUUUUCUCGUAGAAUUCAAUGAGGAGGCAAUUAUGUAUCUCAUGAAGACGAAAAAUCUGCAGACAUUUUUGGAGGAUGAAGAGUUUCUUUCUUCCAUCUUUCCAGAUGAAUAG